AUGUCUGUUCUCUCUCCCUCUGGAGAUGGCAGCGCGAAGCCACCGGACAAGGGCACUCAGCCGCAACAUAUUUCCUUCAAGGACAAGCUCAUGGGGGGUUCUUCUGUUUCCCCACCACGUGAAUUCGUAGACUUAAUUGACAAUGGUAAGAUGAAGGUGAUCUAUGUGAAUGAUAAUCCACUGCUACCAAAAAUAGUAGUGGAACAGGAGGUGAUUGAGAACAUGUCCUCAUCGUGGAAGGAUGCUCUAGUCAUCUCCCUUCUGGGCAAAAGACUAGGAUACAAGCUCAUGAAGGCUAAAUUGACGAGCCUCUGGAGGCUGGCUGGCGAAUUUGAUCUCAUGGAUGUGGAUAAUGGCUUCUUCAUGGUCAAAUUUGACAGAACUGAGGACCGAGACAGGGUCAUUAGUGGAGGACCCUGGAUGAUCUUUGAUCAUUACCUGGCGGUGGCCACCUGGAGCCCGGAGUUCAUAUCCCCGGCUGCAAAGGUUAAGAAAACGUUGGCAUGGAUUCGCAUCCCUGGUCUCAAUGUCAUAUUUUAUGAUGAGAGCUAUCUGAUGUCGGCUGCAAGAGCCAUAGGCAAGCCAGUGAAGCUGGAUAAGAGCACACUCAAGGCGGAAAGGUGA